AAUCUUUCUCCUUCUUUCUGAUUGUAAGUUUAUUAAUGUUCCCUUAUUUCAUGAUUUACCAGAAAAGCUCCUGUGCUUUUAAUAAAAGUGAAGCUCAUUGGUUUAACCGGCAAAUGGGUUUAUAUUCAACUGUUCAUGUAUUAAUCAACAUUGCUUUGUGUUUUGUUGUUUAGUUUAAUUUUCUGUUUUUAUUUCAAAUGGAUACUUCAGAUGAGGAUACAUCAUUGGCUAAACGUAUUCUUCGAGAUCUCAGAAUCAUUUUUGACCGAGAAACAAACCUACUUGAAUUUGAUAUUGUACCUGUUGAGGAUAAGACUCUUAAUAAAAGUCCUGUUAUUUUUGAAGAUCACAGACUUGGUUUGGAAAGCUGGUCGAUCAAAUAUUUAUACACAUACUGUUACCAUGAAUUUUUAAAAACUAGAAGCCAUCGAGCAAGAUCAGAUAGUGCAACAAUCAAUGAAUUAACUCGCACUUUAUUAUUAAUUAAUCCUGAACUUAAAACUGCCUGGAAUUGCAGAAAGCAACUUGUUAUCGAUAAAUAUUUAACUAUUCAAGAUGAAUUGACAUUCUGUCAACUUCUGAUGAGAAGACGCUCUAAAAAUAUGGAAAAUUUCACUCAUAGACAAUGGUUAAUACAAAUGAUGGUUAAAACCCAGGGCCAUCCAGACACAAAUUUUAUCAACAACGAACUAGAAUUAUGUCUUGAAGCUGCUAGGCGUUAUCAAAGUAAUUACUAUGCGUGGACUUAUCGGCGAUGGGUAGUUCAGACCUAUGCUUACAACCUUAAUGCAUGUUUACAUGAAAUGGCCACAAGUAAAGCGUGGAUUGAACGUCACAUAUCUGAUUACAGUGGAUUUGGCUACCGGCAAUAUAUUAUUGUAACAAUUGGCUCUCUUUACUUAGAUACUCAAGACAAAUUAUUAGCCUAUGAAGAUUAUGAAUCAAUACUAGUCAAUGAAAUGGACUUGAUUAAUGAUUUAUUGAGAAUCCAUUGUAACCGAGAAUCUCUUUAUCUACAUCGUCGUUUCGUCGUUUCACAAUUAUUAUCCAUUGAUGGGUCGAAGGAUAAAGAAUUAUAUGACAGAGAAAAAGACUUCAUCAUCCAAUAUUUGCAAAUAGGAAGAGACAAACUUUUAAUUGAGAGACUCAUAAGAUGGUAUCAACGUUUUCUCAAUUGGAAUUUCACUUGAAUAAGGUUAUUUAUUUGCUCUUUGAUUAACUGUUGAUUUUUGUUAGAUAUCUGUUCCUGCCUGUUUUUUAAUAUUCAUAAAUUUACCAGUCUUAACCUGUUAUCAAUCACUUAUACCCUGAUUACUGUAAGAAAAUAUGUCUAUAAUUGAACAUUUCAGGGUAAUCUGAUUUGAUUUUGUUUUUGUUUUAUCAAUUAGUAUUAGCAAUCAAAAUCAAGUUUAAAUUACAGCAAUAACUUACAUAAAAGUACUGUUUAUAUUGAUUGCA